AUGAGCGGGAACAGGGCGGUUUUAGCGACCUCGAGACGGAUUGGUCAUGAUAGCCAGGCGUGGUGGAGAGUGAGGAGGGUGUGGCUCGAGACCGCACGCCCGGCAGGCGCCGGAGCAGUGGGAGGAAGGGGCGUCUGGCGGCUUGCAUCUUCCUCCACAACCAGGCCACCAUCGCCUGCUCACACGCCCCCCCCCUGCCAUCUCCAGGCCCCUGGGUCCCAUCCAUCCCCAUCGUCCCUCGUCCCCGGCCCUUGGUACCGGUACUCGACUUACUCGCCAGGCUUUCUUCAGGCCUCUUGGUCGGCCUCGCAGGUGUCACCCCCCCUCUUCUCGUUCCUCGCACCCUUGCUGCACGCCUGGGGCCCUGGCCGGCCUCCACCCACCUGGGCCCCGUCUCUCAACCACGCUCCCGCCCGCCUCGACCACGCUCCCGCCCGCCUCGACCACGCUCCACUCGUCAGCGAGCUGGGCCCCGAAAAUGGCAACAGAGCGGCCCGCGGCACAGCUCUCUGCGCCACCGUGUUGCUUCUCCGCCUGCAUCGAGCCCUCGAGGCAGCCAUCGAAGUCUAUCCAAGGCGCGACCGCCGGGCGCUGUCCAGGCAGGCAGGAGAGCGAAGUGCUACACACGAACCGCCUAGAGAUUCGGGUGCCACGAGCACCAUCGCCCGCCCACAUGUCACCUCCACAGCUGUCCGCCUCUGGGCGACACAGGACGUGCCGGCUGGCUGGGUGCCAGUUGGAUACUCGCGCCACGAAAUCAUGAAGAUCCACCGCCAUGGCCGCCGCAAGAGCUGGUGGAUGGCCAGUGAGACCGUGAAGGGGUCCGCCAUUCCCCUGCUCGUCGUGGUUCAAAUCACGCGAACACUCAUGGACUUUGGACAGGAGAUUGAAGGGCGCAAGUCUCUAAUAUCGUCACUCACAGUACACUGCUCCAGCUGGGGCGUGGAGAAUCGAGUCUGAAAACACCGACGCACCCAACUUCUCGGGCCCGACAGCUUGGGCGUGUGCACACCUUCUCCGCUUCUUCAGCCUGCAGACCGACCCAUCUAUCCACCAACCGUAGCGCAAUCCACAUGGCUGGGCUCGUACGGUUUGGCUUUCCACAUUCCUGUCCUUGGCUUCCAAGAUGGUGGUGGCUGCUCAGGCACGAAUCGGCAUCUCCAUCUCGGUCCUGGCGACGCUGCUGUGCGCAAGCGAGAAUAUUGUUUGCUUCUAGGUGACAGCUUUUCACCUGCCGACCCGCGACCACCGAGGUGCUGCGCUGUGGAAACGAGACCGAGACAAGACUAAACCAACCAGCAAUCUGGAUCCUGAACCACAAGCUAACAGCCC